ACAAGUUCUUUAUGUUCCAGAAGUUUAUUCAACGUGUUUAGUGUGACAACAAUGGAAGUUUCAACGAAGUUACAGUUAAAAAGUGAGUUGCAUAGUGAGGAACAGACUCAAAUAACAAGUAAACCAGUGAAAAGGCCUUUUGACGUAGCGUUUCUGAUGCUCCCAGAUGAAAAAUUAAAACAAAAGCAACAAUUAGACAGAAGUUACGAUAAUUGUUGCAGCAGCAACGAAGAAGACGAAGAAAUAGAUGUCAUGGAGACGCCUCGUGAGUAUAAAAAAAUGUAUACACAAAAACAACAAAUUUUUGAUGAUCCAAACUUAGUUAAAGCUAAACACAUAGAUGAUUUACGUGCUAAAAUCCUGCCUACACAUAGCGAACAAAAAAGUGCUUUUACCAAAGUUAAUCUAGGGAAAGAAUCUAGGCUCUCACCAAGCUUGAGUAUAUCUCCAGAUCUAAACUACCAAAGUUCUUUGAGUCCGUCACCGCCAAUAAUCAGCAAGAGCUACCAAAAUUUUCCAACCAUAUUAUCACCGAAUCAGAUAUUCAAGAACCAACAAAUCGCAUAUCAAAACCAGUUCUUACAAGAAAACUUCUCACAUUCUAGCUCCAACAACUUAGAAAACAACUUUUUUAAAGCACAACCUGAAUUAAUUCAACCGAAUUUUGCUAAAAUCCGACCCAUCUAUCGACCAGACUUAGCUUAUAACUACCAACAGUUCACCAACCCAGAAAUGUUGAAGAUGGCGCCACCGGAUCUCAGAAACCCCGCUGCUGCUAUCUUGACUUCUCUUUUACCACCUUCGUUAGCAGCUCUGAGCCUCCCGGCUCAGAAUAUUUGUGCCAAAUGCAACAUUUCGUUUAGAAUGACCUCGGACUUGGUGUACCACAUGAGGUCGCAUCAUAAAAGUGAAGCUGUUGAAAGCACCAGAAAAAAGCGGGAAGACAAGCUCAAGUGUCCCGUUUGUGCUGAGUCUUUCAGAGAAAGGCACCAUCUGACGAGGCAUAUGACUGCGCAUCAAGAUAAAGAUGAAGACGAGAAGGAUGCAAGUAGUAAGAAGGGUUUUUAAAUUGAAUUAAAAAUUUCCAAUAUACAGGGUGAGUCUUUUAAUUUUAAUUAAUAUGGAAAACAUUUAUUUCAAGAGUUGUCACUAUAAUAUAUAAUAAUAUUAUCUUUUUUUAAUUUUCAAUAUGUCAAAUUUUAACUGACUAUGUCAACUCUUUCAUUUAUACAGCGUGUCUACUUAAGUUGGAAACAUAUGGGAAACUUUUUUGUUAUUCAUUUUACGAAAAAAAAUUGUUCUUUAUAAAAAGUUCUGCAUGCUCUUAAACCUAAGAUUCAAUCAUCAGAUAUCAAAUUUUGUCAAUAUUAUACGAGGUAUGUAAAAAAAUAUGAACUUCGUUCAAGAGUACAAGACCUUUAUUUCUCUCAAUAUUGAAAAUUCUUAUUAUGAAAAGUUGUUUGAAAAUAAAAACUAAGAUCAAAUAUGCAAUUACAUGCUUCUAAUUGGAAAAAAAUAUUUUCCAAAUUGUUCUCAAAUUUAUUGAUACUAACUUCGUUUUUAUUUAUUACACAUACGAUAACUCUUUUAUUAUUACUUUUAAGAAAAAAAGGUAUUCUUUAUAAAAAGCUCUUAUGUCCUAAGGCCGAAGAUGCAACCAUCGGAUAUCACAUUUUAUUAAUUUUAUACGAGGUAUGUCAAAAAAUAUGAAUUUCACUCAAGAGUAAAGUACCUUUAUUUCUCACAAUACUGAAAACCGUUAUUAAAAAAGUUGUUUAGAAUUAAAAACUAUGUUUCAAUAUGCAAUUACAUCCUUCUAAUUGAAAUAUUGUGAAAUAUAAAGGUACUAUAAUCUUGAGCGAAUUUCAUAUUUUUUGACACACCUCGUAUAAAAUUAAUAAAAGUUGAUAUAUCAUGGUUGUGUCUUAGAUUUUAGACCAUGAAAAGCUUUUUAUAAAGAAUAACUUUUUUUCGUAAAAUGAAUAAUAAACGAGUUAUCAUAUUUGCAAUAUUUAAAAACGAUGUUGGGUAUCCAUAAAUUUGAGAAAAAUUUUUUAUUUCAAUUAGAAGCAUGUACUUGCAUAUUUGAUCUUAGUUUUUAAUUCCAAACAACUUUUUGUCAUAAGAAUUUUCGAUAUUGAGAGAAAUAAAGGUACUUUGCCCUUGACCGAAAUUCAUAUUUUUUGACAUACCUCGUAUAAUAUUGAGAAACUUUGAUAUCUCAUGAUUGAAUCUUAGGUUUUGGGGCAUGCAGAACUUUUUAUGAAGAAUAACUUUUUUUCGUAAAAUUAAUAAUAAAAAAGUUUCCCAUAUGUUUCCAACUUAAGUAGACACGCUGUAUAUGCAGUCUAUAAACUAAUAUCAUUUAGCUACAAGCAAUAGUUUUCUUUUUUUAACUGCUUGUUAUGCGUUAGAAAAUUUUAUAUGCAGGCACAUACAGGCUAAUAAUGGUUGCUACUACAUUAUAGGUACACAUCUCUCACAAUUUUUACACAUGUAACUACCUACUCUUCUAUUAAAUAUCCACUGCAUAACUUUUUAAGGUACCCUGUCAUAAGCUUUCUACAGAUCAAUGAAGACCGUUUGAUUUCAUACCUUUUAGUUCCUUAGAUGAUAUUGAUUUAUUUAUUAAUUUUAUUUAUUUAUUUAUUGUCCUUAUAUACGGUUAUAAUUAUAUAUCUAUUUAUUUAUUGUUUUAUCUUUUAAGUCUAUUUUAUUUAUUUUUCAUUUUAUUAACAGUUUUUAUUUUGUUCUGUAUAUUAUCAGCAUACCAUAGUUCGGAUAUAACAUUGUGGAUUAAUAUUGUGAUAAACAUUGCCACCCUGUAUAUUUUGGUGACUUCUUAUUUUAAAGUAUUGCAUUAAUUUUUAUCACACUGUAUAUAUUAAUGUUGUUAGAGAUAUUAGACAAGGUUUUUAGUCCGUAAAAUGCCACAAGAAAAACGUGUAUGCCAAGCAAUUCUACACUGAGAAAACAGGUCAAGCUAAAAUUUGGAAAUUAGAAUAGUUUUUGUACAAAUACACAACAAUAACAACUAAAGAUUGUAGUUACAAUGUAGAUACAAUACCAAUAUUGUAGUUAAUAAAGUUGGACUGCUUCAGUUUCUUUACAUACAUAUUAUACAAUGUGGGCCAAAGAAAACAGUCCACCUCGGUAUUUUACGGUAUUUAUUAGAAUAUAAGGAAAUGAAGAAACAGGUCGAUUUUUGAUCUAAGAGGGGCACAUGUUUACGGUACAUACAUCUGUCAUUUGUCAACCCCCUCCCUUCCACUUCCCCAACCCUUAUUUUUAAAUAGGGAAUAGGAGUCGUGUGCUAGUUCAUUUAAAAGAUUAUUCAAUUCUCUAUUUAGUAAUAUUAACAUUGACUUAAUUAUUUAUACAGGGUGUCCAAGAAGAAAUAUUUUGAAUUAAAUUAAUUGACACAAAAAGAAGAAUGUAUGUAAUUUAUUUAACUCAAAAUACAUUCUACUACUGACAGAAAACGGAAAAAAUGUUUAUUUGAUAAAUAAACAUUGUUUGUUGCUUAAAUUCAAUAUUCAACCUACCAAGAAUCAGAUGGGUGGCAGCUUGAACAUUGAAAUUAAGCGAAAAGCAAUGUUUAUUUAUCAAAAACAUUUUUUUCUGUUUUGUGACAGCAGUAGAAUGUAUUUUGAAAUAAAUAAAUUACAUACAUUCUUCAUUUUGUGUUAAUUAAUUUAAUUAAAAAUAAUUUUUCUUGGACACCCUGAUAGAGACUUAAAAAACCUUUCAAAUGAACUAGCACACGACCCCUAUUCCCUAUUUCAAAAUAAGGGGUGGGGGAAGUGGAAGGGAGGGGGUUUACAAAUGACAGAUGUAUGUACCGUAAAAAUGUGUUCCCCUUAGAUCAAAAAUCGACCUGUUUCUUCAUUUCCUUAGAAUCUAAUAAAUACUGACAAAUAUCGAAGUGGACUGUUUUCUUUGGCCCACACUGUAUAUUGUAUGGUGCAAAUGAAAGGAAUAAAUUCGUUAUUUCGCAAGCCGGGGACUUUCAGGAAAAAUUCUGAAACAGAUCGAUUUUAAUUUUUAAGUUAUGAUUGUUUAACUGUAUAAUGCUUUUCAAAUAAAACUAUUAACCAUAAAUAACUUUUAAACUACUGAUUAAAAAAAACGGAAAAACACGUCAAAUAAUACUUGAAAGGGGGAGACAUUAUGCCAUAUUUAAGCUUACCGGGAAAGGCACCCUCUCACUCCGCAUAUCAUGUCUUAAUUGUUUUUAAAUUACUUCCAAAUUUUUUAUUUUAUAUUUGGAUUCUCCUCUUUGUGCUGAUUUCAAAAAUGUAUAACAUUUAAUGCUUAAAGUGAUUAGUUUAUGAGAAAAAUAAAUAAAAAAGCAAGAAAACUGGAUUGAAUUAAAAUUAUUUUUUUAACAAUUUAAUAACAUUUUGAAUGAACA